UUCGGGAGAGGUUGGUUGUCUGGUCUGGGGGUGAAGCAGAUGGCUUACUGAGUUAGAGGAAGCUGAGAGUCCAGGCGAGGAGGGAGCUGAGCAAUUAUUGAGCAGGAGAUCCAGGAGGAAGGUGGGGAGCCGGCGUGGGGGAGACCAUGGGAGGACGCUGAGAGGCGAAUGGCAGGUUGACCAGGUAGUUAUUGUAACAGGAUGUCUGGGUGAAAAGGUAGGAAGACAAGUGGUCAAAAAUCAUGAAGAGCUCAAAAUCCAGAUAAAAGUCAAAUCACUAGGAGAUACAAGUUGUUCGGCUGUUAGUUGAGUACCCAAGUAGAGUUAAUCAUCCAGCAAAGUGAAGCCGCCUCUCAGGUGCUUAAAUAUCCCCUGGCAGGUGAUGAGUGGAUUGCUUGCAGCUGCUAGCAACUUCCCCACAACCGGACACGCCCACCUGCAGAGGAAAGGAAGCUCAAAAAGUAAAUCAGAGAAAGAUGACACCCCCAGACCGUGACAUUUCCCAGUACCUACCUUUUCUUACGAAGUCGAACAUGUCCUUGAGAAGGGAAAUAAAGCCUACGAGAUGUCUGGAAAGCAACUGAAAUUGACACGAGCCCAAAAGCACAACAUCUUGGAGACCAUGGCUUCAGUGAUGCACACCUUCAAAGCCUAUCCGAGUGACAGAGAUGUGUGUUUGGCAGCAAAAGCUCUUGUUACCACUCAUCCAUGUCUUAAUGAGCCUGGAAGUUAUGGUUGGAAGACCAGUUUAAAAUUUAAGAUGGGAAAUUACCGCACCAAGCUAGCCAGAGCCGGAUGCGCGGAGGUGUCCGUGAAUGCUGGUAGAAGGAGUAUCAACAACCCAGAAGGAGAGUAUCCCCACUCCAACAUAAAAAGAGCACGAAAAGCUGAGGUAAACUACCUCCCAAACUUUCCAAGAGGAGAAGAUAAGGCCAGUCUGGAGGAAUUGAGAGUCCAGAUAAAAAAUGAGGUUGAGAAGACCGAGCCCAACAAAGUAAUGAUUGAAAAACUGAUGCAAACAACCUUUGCACUGCGUCGCCAUGAGAUCGUUCAAGAAAACCCAAUGGUGAAGGACUUCUUAGAGAAAUGGCCAGCUCUGCGAUUUCACUCACAGGUUUGUGCGGAGUUCCACCGAGUCACAAACAUCAACCUGCAGAAACAGUUCUAUGCUGAACUUGACAGACACACACCACGACUUAUGGCUCUAUACAGACAGAAGGCCACAUGCACUGGCAAGAUAUCGGAGGCUCUGCGAAACAUUCUGAAUCAUUAUGAUCAUCAGGAAGCACCUGAUGUCGAUGUGAAACGGACUGCAGUGCUACGUGCCCUUCCAGUAUACCUGCGGGAGGAAGACCCAGAAUUCUUUAAGACAUGUGAUGCGGGCACGCUGGAUGAGACGAACCUGACUGACACUCCAGUUGCCCUUCUCACAGUGGUUGCUGACGGCUCUGCUGAGACCAGUCCAGUCCAUUUCAGUCCUUCAAGCAUGGCUGUUGUGGUGGAAGGCGACUUGGUGAUCCGUGAUAUUGCCAGAUUUGCUGAUGCAUAUGCCUUAUUGUUUGGCUUGAUCUAUGCUCUGCAUUUGGACUACCCCAGGAAACUAGUUCACACAUUCACCUUUGUCCAGAAAGUCUUCAUGGGGCUUGAUGAUGGCAAACCACUGAAACCCAGCCUUCAUGCUCUUAGAAAUGAUUUGUUACAGAGUGAGUAGUUAUGAAAGAUAUGCAAGGCAACUGGUUGUUAGGACAGGCACACUGUUACUGAGCACCUUCUUUGAAGUAUUUUAUUUAAAGCACUUUUAAGUUUUCUACAGGCUUUGGGUGGAUGUAAUUCCCAUCAGUUUACCUCAUUUUUUUUUAUCCAAGGUUAUUUGGGUGCCGAUAAACAUUAUUUGAACCUGUUAAAAAAAUAUUUAUUUUAUUUAAUUUUUGUUUAUUUAAAAAAUCUCUUUUGUGUUUGACCUUUUGUUUUUCAUUUUUAUAUAUUAGAAGAAAGAUGACUUUUAGGACUGAUGUUCUUUUAUGAUUUUAUAAAAAUGUUAUUAAAUGUUAUUAGCAGCAUUUUGUACGCUCACUUGUGCUCCAGUCCAUGUCAGUGGUUCCAUGUUGAUGGUUUUAUAAAAAAAAAUUUAUGUGAUGUUUUUCACAAGUCCAUAAAAAUGUUAAUAAACAAAAUGUUAAGUGAAUCGCCAUAUACUUUUUUUGAGUGGUCCACACACAAUUAAA